UGGGAGGCAAUCCCCGCGGGAGCCCGGGAAAUCCCGGCCGCCACCCGGGGCCGUGCCGCCGCCCUCGCGGGACCGAGGCUUCCGGCGCGCCCCCAACUUCGCGGCGCCCUCAGGCAGCGGCGGCUGCGAUGGAGCUGCGUCCCCGCGGCCGCGCGCUGCUGGACUCGCCGCUGGACAGCUGCUCCCUGACCUCGCUGGAGUCCAGCGUCUUCUGCAGCGAGGGCGAAGGGGAGCCCCUAGCGCUCGGGGACUGCUUCACGGUCAACGUGGGCGGCAGCCGCUUCGUGCUCUCGCAGCAGGCGCUGUCCUGCUUCCCGCACACGCGCCUUGGCAAGCUGGCCGUGGUGGUGGCCUCGUGCCGCCGCCCGGGGGCCCUGGCCGCCGUGCCCAGCCCCCUGGAGCUCUGCGACGAUGCCAAUCCUGUGGACAACGAGUACUUCUUCGACCGCAGCUCGCAAGCGUUCCGCUAUGUCCUGCACUACUACCGCACCGGCCGCCUGCACGUCAUGGAGCAGCUGUGCGCCCUCUCCUUCCUCCAGGAGAUCCAGUACUGGGGCAUCGACGAGCUCAGCAUCGACUCCUGCUGCAGGGACAGAUACUUCAGAAGAAAGGAGCUGAGUGAAACUUUAGACUUUAAGAAGGAUGCAGAAGACCAGGAAAGUCAACAUGAGAGUGAACAGGACUUCUCACAAGGACCUUGUCCCACUGUCCGACAGAAGCUCUGGAACAUCCUAGAGAAACCUGGGUCUUCCACAGCUGCCCGAAUCUUUGGGGUCAUCUCCAUCAUCUUUGUGGUGGUGUCCAUCGUCAACAUGGCCCUGAUGUCAGCCGAGUUAAGCUGGCUGGACCUUCAGCUGCUGGAAAUCCUAGAGUAUGUGUGCAUUAGCUGGUUCACCGGGGAGUUUGUCCUGCGCUUCCUGUGCGUACGGGACAGAUGCCGUUUCCUGAGAAAGGUGCCAAACAUCAUAGACCUCCUUGCCAUCCUGCCCUUCUACAUCACUCUUCUGGUAGAGAGCCUGAGUGGGAGCCAUACUACACAGGAGCUGGAAAACGUGGGGCGCAUUGUCCAGGUUUUGAGGCUGCUCAGGGCUCUGCGCAUGCUAAAGCUGGGCAGACAUUCCACAGGAUUACGCUCCCUGGGGAUGACAAUCACCCAGUGUUAUGAAGAAGUGGGCCUCCUGCUCUUAUUUCUGUCUGUGGGAAUUUCUAUAUUUUCAACUGUGGAGUAUUUUGCAGAGCAGAGCAUUCCUGACACGACCUUCACAAGCGUCCCUUGUGCAUGGUGGUGGGCCACCACAUCCAUGACUACCGUGGGAUACGGGGACAUUAGGCCAGACACCACCACAGGCAAGAUCGUGGCCUUCAUGUGUAUAUUAUCAGGAAUCCUUGUCUUGGCCUUGCCUAUUGCUAUAAUUAACGACCGCUUCUCCGCUUGCUACUUUACCUUAAAGCUCAAGGAAGCAGCUGUUAGACAGCGUGAAGCUCUAAAGAAGCUUACCAAGAAUAUAGCCACUGACUCAUAUAUCAGUGUUAACUUGAGAGAUGUCUAUGCCCGAAGUAUCAUGGAGAUGCUCCGAUUAAAAGGCAGAGAAAGAGCAAGUACUAGGAGCAGUGGAGGAGAUGAUUUCUGGUUUUGAAUUCACCUUUAAUUUAUUUACAAAAGUGUGUAUAAAACUAACUUGAUUGAUAAAACCUUGCUAUGGAUGUCUGAACUGCUGAGGAGUCUCCUUUGAACAUUACCUGUGCUAACUUUUGCUGAUACAUUGCUCGGUCUACUAGAAUAGGUCACAUUCCUCAGAUCAACUGCACAUUAUUUUGAAGUCUCAAAAUAUAGCCAUUUGACACAACUUAACACACCUAGGCCAAGACACACAUUAGAACUGUCAAAUAUAAGAUAAUACUGCAGCGCAUACAACAAAAUUUGAAGUUUUAUGUGUCACUACUUUUAAAAGCUUUUUGCACGCUCACUUGAAAAAGUGGAAGUCAAACUGCACAACCCAGAGAAAGGAUAAGUGGACAUUUAAGAGCACAUGGAAUAACUUGACCAUUUAAAGGUUUUUCCAAGUAUAUAAAUUAUUCUUUUCUCCAUCAGUUAAAACUGUUGAAUAUAACAGUUAGCUUUACAAGAGAAAAUUGUGAUUUGAUGGUAAGGACUGUGUGCCUAUAUUUCUCCUGGUGCAAACCACUUGUCCCAAAUGGAUUGAGUUCUGUAUUCUGUCAUUACUCUUGGACGUAGGAAACCCCAAACUGCUUAGAACUGCAAUAGAAGUGUACCAGAUAGUGGCUUUGAAAAUUGCACAAGUUCAUCUUCCAUAUGGAGUGCAACAUAGGGGUAUAAAGCAAGUAUCUACUAAUAUUCCACAGAAAUGAGAUGGCCUUUAACAAUCUCAUUAUUGACGUAGUAUUCAAGUUAUGUCUCUGAAAUCAUGAGUAUGUAAAGGUUAAGUCGUGAACAUCCUAAAUUUAUAUGCUGACAUUAUUACAUAGUCUUAUUACAUAAAAUGAGAAUGGUAUGUUGAAUAAUAUCACUGGAUGAACUUUAAGAUCUUUUAUUUUUUAACAAAAAAAUACUCUGGAUAGCUUUCUACUGUUGGGGUGAAGAGCAAAUGUGCAAACUUUGCACACAUUUUGACUGUCAUUCAUGGUAAAAUUCUAGACAUUCUGUUAUAUAAUUAAAGCUCCAAACUCUAAACCUAAGAAUUAGUUUUAUUAUGUUUACUAAUAUUCUAGUAAAUGAGAUUUUUAAAACUAAGAAUAAUAUGGAGUAUCACUUUAAUGUCUACAUUCUCAAUGGGUGUAAUAAUGCCCCCAAGGGCAUGAAAAUUGGUUCUGGAGGGGGCAAAAAAAUACUGUUUUACUCAUAAAAUACACAUAUAUGUGGAAUACAGAAGACAUUCAGUUGUAAAAUGCCAUUCAUUGUAAAAUGCAUCCAGAUUUUGGAUAUAUAAAAAUUUUAAAUAUGCAUCUUAAAAUCAAUGAAAUGCCAUAUAUUCUACCUCCAGUUUUCUGGUAUGCAUGCUUAAGCUCUAAAAAUAUUUGCAUUGAUGACAUGAGUUUUAGAUUGUAUGAUAAAUGCUUUAAUCCACUUGACUUGUUUCCACUUCUCCCAAAUAUUAUGAAAGAUUUAAUAGAUAUGAGUAGUAAUAGAGUAAAUAUUUUCCCUCUUACACAAGUCACAGGUGCUAGAGCAUGGCAUAGGGCCACUAAUUCUGGUAUAAAUCCCAUCCUCAGUCUGAAGGGGAAAUAGAGUUUAGACACAGAAUAAAGGAAAAUUUACCUGGCUUCUCUAGAACCCUCCCCAGCAAGAAUAGUUACGCUGAUCCUGAACUGUGCUUGGUACUCAACAUGUAUUAUGUCCCUUCAUCCUCAAAAUAUCCCUGUUAUACAUGUACUAUUCUUACACUAAUCUAAGUGUAUAGUUUAUAUAUUUAUCCAUUCAACAAAUAUUUAUUCAGGACCCAUCUGUGUACUGGGCACUAGAGAUUCUCUCUUAAACCAAACCAGGUUCUUUUCUCUUGGAUUUAAUACUCUGUUUGAGGGUGUGAGGGGAGCACAAAUAACAAAACUUAAGCACAAAAAGAUUAAUUUGCCUAAAUUCACACAGUCCUGCACAGGUGACAGAGCCAGGAGUGAAUCUCAGUCUGUCGGACCCUGAAAAUAAUACUCCUCUAAGAAUCACAUUACAGAUUCCAUCCUUCCCACAGAACCUGUGCAUAGGGGUUCACUUCACAGCCAGUUUCUUAUGGAUGGAGAGGCCUAAUAUGCCUUAGGAGAAAUAUCAGCUGCUUCUCAGCAGUGAAAGAGUGCUUCUCAGGGGCAGUUGUUGUCAUGCCUUAUAGUCUAGUAGACAACAAAAUAUUAUCUUUAAAAUAAUAGUUGGGAAUUGAAAAAAAUGAAAAAUGAAAAAAAUUACAUGUAUUAUAUGUUUUUUCUACCACAGAAGAUUCUAAAUACAUCCACAAAUGUGGUAUGUUGGCAGUAAAAAUUCUGACGAGAUGUGGACAUUUCAAAAGGCAUAUUUCAAAACCACUGCUUAGUCAAUUUUGCUGUUAUAUAAAAUAUCAGUGUACUUACUCAACAAUUGUACAUACAAGCAAACCAAAUUAAAGUAACAAAUCAAAGCAGGAACUCUAUUAAUCUUAUAUCUCAUCAUUUAAAAAAUGUUUGACAUUUUUCAAAAACCUAAGAAUUAUUACUAUAAAACAAUAUUUAAUUUGGAGAUGGAAAUAAUGGAAUUACUGGCUUUCUUUGAGCUAGUUAGAGAACACUAAAAACAUGUGAGUACACGGUAAUGCUUAAGUACCUUAAAAAGGGAUUUUAAGAAACUACUGUGGUAUUUCUAGUAGAAUUGGCAUCAUUUUCACGUUUUAUUGGUUUUUUCCCCCCAAUAUAUACAAGGAACUGUUGCAUUUAUCAUUUUAAUGCAAAUGUAAUAUAUGUACAAAGUUAACGGUGGUAGAAAUCUCAGUGCUGUGUUUCAAAGUGGAAUUCUAACUCCCAUUAAAAUCUUCUGACUAGCCCUUGCAUAAAAUAUACAUACUGGCCCAAGUUAUCUUAAGCCAGACGUUAUCAUUUGGUAAGCUUACUGAUUUGACAAGUAUUUCCACAGAUACAUUUUGUUAACAUGAAAAGUCUGCUCUUGAAAUAUUAGCCCUUACUAUCUGUCUUAUCAAUCCUUCAAUUCAGAUCCAAGAUGGUUACAUUUGGCAAAUAGUGUUUUCUGUGCAUUCUUUAGUGACUUUCCUUCACAAAUCAUCCCCACUCCCAAACCUCUCGCCAAGUCAUGCUGAUAUAUAGAAUAAAAAAGUUGCCUAAGGAGAAUUUACUCAUAAACUCCACUGGAAAUUGCUUACCGGGUAUGUCUUUAAGUGCUGCGAGAUAACCUGGAUACUCACCAUCCCCAUGUCCUUGCUUGCCUUAUAUUAAAAUCAUUCCUUUGCUUACCUCUUCAACUCCAUUUCCUCUCUCCUCCUUCCUGAUAAUCAACUGGUAAAACCCAAACCCUAAUUCAAGUCAACCCAGUGCCUACCUGCCCCUGCAGAGGCUGACCAUGUUUACAGAAAAAAAAAAAAACAGUGUAAGCUGACUAAUCUCAUUUAAACCUUCAUGCCUACAACCUUAAGUGGGUUCUUAAUGCUGCUAGGCAAUCACACUACAAUUCCUGAAUCUGCUCACUCUUCAGCUAAAUAGAAACCUGUAGCGUCUCCCUUUCAUCCCAUUUUUACUCAGAAAAUAGAAUCAGUUCAGAGAUUUUCCACAAGGACCAACACACACAUGUCCACACAGUGUAAAUUGUGCCAAGCCACUCUGCCUUUCCUUCAUCCAAGGGUUGAACUGUCCAUCCUAUCGCUUCUCUCCACUGCUAGGACAUUGCUUCAGAAAGCCGUUCCCCCUUUCUAAUACUCUAUCACUUUCCCCCUCCCUACUGGAUCAUUCCUAUCAGUGUAAAAGCGUGAUUUAAUUUUUCUCAUCUUAAAAACAAACAAAUGAGCAAAAACUUCUUUGAAUCUAUUUUAUCCUCUAGGAAACACCCCAUUCCCUGCUCUCUUUUAUGUCAAAACUCCUUGACAGCAUGUUCUGUAUUUACUCUCUCAAUUUCCAUAUUCACUUGUUUCCCUAUUCUUUCUUGAAAAUACCACCCUUACAUCUCCUCUAAAACUUUCUCAAGGUCAACAAUCACUGCAGCACUCCUAAAUCUAACAGUCAAUUCUCAGACUUCAUAUUGCUUGAUCCAUCAGCAGCAUUUUACAAGGAUAAUUAUAGACUUCCCUGAAACACUUUCUUCACUUGACUUCCAGCCCAUCACACUCCCCUGAUUGAGUCUUUUGAGCAGGGCUUAAUCUCCCCUUCUUUCUAUUUACAUUGCUCCUACGAUAGACUCACCCUGUUUCAUGGCUUAAAUACCAUCAAUACUUGGUCAACUCCCAAAUUUAUGUCUCCAGGGUAGACGUCCCCUCUCAAUUCCUGCAUCUUCAGAUUUGUGUACAUGACUGCCUGUUCAAUAUCUACCUCAUAACUAGCACAUCCAAUACCAAAUUAUUGAUAUUUCCCCCAACUCUGUAUUGGUUCAGGUCUUCUGAGAAAAAGAUGCCAAAACAGUUGAUUAUUGAAAUAUCAGUUAUGUACAAGACAUUGGUUGAGGGGGGAGAAAUCCUGAGAAGGAUAAAAAGGAGAAAUCUAGAAAAUAUGGGAAGAACCUUCAGCUCAUGAUGUAAAUCUGGUAAGUGUAAAGAAGAGGGAGAGUGGACUCUGGUUAAAAAGAGUCUCUGAUUGCUGCCCACUUCUAAGAAAAUUUCAACUGAAUUGAAGGAGAGUCCUGAGCAAAAGUAGCCCGUUUACGGAGUCCCACCUGUCUUAGAAAUGGGGCUGCAUUGACAUCUCAGAGGGCAACAGCUCAAGCUGUCAGUCACCCACACUGCCCGGGGAGGAUACUGAGCAGUGUAUUGGCCACCAGGGUCAAGUCUUGGAACUGCUUCCCAUGCAUGUUCAGAAGUAGCCCCUCCAUGGGUCCCAGGGGCCUCUCAUUCUGAGGGUAAACUUAGAAAAAGGAGAUGGUGGAUGAACUAGAACAUUCAUUGCUGCAGUUGGUCUCAGAAUAGCAGCCAUACCUCCCCUACUACCCCCCACACCACAUCACAGCACAUCAUUUCCCCGACUAUACCCUAGCAUCCUGAAAGAGUUACAGAGAAUUCUUGUCUUCUUAUGCUCUUUUCUACCUCAGAGAAACAUUUGCAUCCUGAAAAACAUGUUCAUCAUUACUGUGUACUGAAGGGCACCAUAAUUAAUAUGCUGCAUAGAACUGCCAUUGCUGUGAUGCUUAGCUCGUAUUCCUGAACAAAGAAAUGGCAUUAAUAAAAUGGUCUUUCAGCAGGAAAUUUCAAAGCAAUUUAAAUCCCAAAAAGAUGCCAAAAUAGUUGAUUAUUGAAAUAUCAAUUAUGUUCAAGACAUUUUUUGAGGGGGGAGAAAUCCUGUGAAGGAUAAAAAGGAGAAACCUUUCUGAACUGGUAACAUCACAUUCGGUGUGAUACUAUUUUAAGGGGCACUAUUAGUAAUCCAGUGGCUCUGAAAAAUACUUUCAUACAGGUAGAUAAAUACAUGUAGCUUUCAGCAACAUGAUGCAAUUAAAUCUGAAGUAACAAGGAGAGUAAAUUAACUUUUGAAUUUCCUCUUCAUGUUCUAAGUUGAAUGACAUUUCUUUCAGUUAUAUGAACCCCUAUGUUGCCUUCUUUAGAAGUUCUAUAGCUUAAAAGGUUUAAAAGUAAGAUAUUGGU